UGUCUGUCAGCUGUACUUGGUCGGGGUUUUCCAGUGCCUCGCGCGCUUGUGUUAAUUAGUUUAGCGUUUAUCGUAGUUUAGCGGAAUUAAAGGGAAAAAAAUAUGGAAGCCGAGCAGAUAACGGAGCAAUUAAACCGGUCUUUGAGUAUAAAUGAUGCGGACAGUGAGGAGCAAUAUAACAGGUUCAGGCAACAAGGAAAGGAAGCUGCUCAGCGAGGCGAUCUAGAACUUUCUCUACGUUUUUUCCGCAAAGCGUUUGAUUUGCAGCCGAGUGACAAAAUACAGAGUCGAAUCCAUCGAUUGGAGGAAGCCAUAAAGGAACUGAAUGCAUCGGAGGAAGAUGAGGAGUUUGUGGAUGUGGUCAACAGUGGAUUGAUGAUGUAUAAAGGACUACACGAUCAGCUGUAUGAGCACCAGAAAGAGGGUGUGGCCUUCCUGUACAGCCUGCACGGAGACGAGCGGGGGGGUGGAAUCCUUGCUGACGACAUGGGCCUGGGUAAGACGGUGCAGGUUAUUGGUUUCCUGUCGGCUAUGUACGAUGCAGAGCUGAUCAAGCACACGCUUCUCGUCAUGCCCACCUCCCUCAUCAAGAACUGGCUAAGUGAAUUUGAGCGCUGGACGCCUGGUCUUCGUGUCAAAGAGUUCCAUGGCACCAACAAAUCGGAGCGUAGCCGAAACCUGGAACGAGUCCAGCGAGGGAGUGGCGCUAUCGUUACCACUUAUCAAAUGCUAAUUAAUAACUGGCAGCAGCUGGCAUCGUUUAGAGGGCAGGAAUUCUUUUGGGAUUACAUCAUCCUAGACGAGGCGCACAAGAUCAAAAGCUCCUCGACAAAGACCGCAAAGAGUGUGAGUGCAGUUCCGGCACGGCACCGCCUACUGCUCACUGGCACGCCCGUCCAGAACAACCUGCGGGAGAUGUGGGCACUGUUUGACUUUGCCUGCCAGGGUGCGUUGCUGGGCAGUGCCAAGACCUUUAAAGCAGAGUAUGAGAAUCCAAUCACACGUGCGAGGGAGAAAGACGCCACGCCUGGAGAGAGAGCACUCGGGCUAAAGAUCUCACAGAACCUGACCGAGCUCAUCAGGCCGUACUUCCUGCGCAGAACCAAAGCUGAAGUACAGAACAGGAAGCAGCUUGCACACCGAGCCAAAGAGGAAGAUAAGGAACAGGAAGUGCAGAAUCGGAGUGUCAGAGUGAACGAGAUCCCAUCUCUAACGCGCAAGACGGAUCUGAUCGUGUGGACGUACUUGAGCGAUGUUCAGGAGGAUAUCUACAGACAGUUCAUCUCUCUGGACCAUAUUAAAGAGUUGCUGACCACCACACGAUCGCCGCUUGCAGAGCUUACGGCCCUCAAAAAGCUCUGUGACCAUCCCAGAUUGCUCUCUGCCCGAGCUGUUGCACAGCUUGGACUUGGGGAAGGGUCAGGUGACUUCCACAAGGAUGAUGGCCAAUCAGCUGCGAGCAGCAUUGUGGGCGUGACUGAAGAGACGCUGAUCGGUGAGUCGGGAAAGCUGCGUUUCCUGUUGAGUCUAAUGGAGAGUCUGAGAGAUGAGGGCAAGCGCACACUCAUCUUCUCCCAGUCCAGGAAGAUGCUGGACAUCAUUGAGCGUGUGUUGACCAACAGGAAGUUCUGUCUGCUGCGUGUGGACGGCACAAUCACUCAACUUGCUGAGAGAGAAAGACGCAUUGCUCUCUUUCAGACAGACACGCGCUACUCUGUCUUUCUGCUGACCACGCAGGUGGGCGGAGUCGGUCUCACCCUCACCGCUGCCAACAGGGUGGUGAUCUUCGACCCCAGCUGGAAUCCUGCAACGGAUGCACAAGCGGUAGACCGAGCGUACCGUAUUGGCCAGAUGCAUGACGUUGUCAUCUACAGACUCAUCACCUGUGGAACUGUGGAGGAGAAGAUCUACAGACGACAGGUGUUUAAGGGUUCUUUGAUCCACCAGACGACAGGCGAUAAGAAGAACCCGUUUCGGUACUUCACUAAGCAGGAACUGAAGGAACUUUUCACACUGGAGGACACGCACUCCUCUUCCACUCAGUUGCAGCUGCAGUCACUCCACUCAUCUACGUGUUGGUCUGACCCUGAGCUGCAGUGUCACAUUUCUGCUCUGAAGGACAUGAAUGUGUUCGGUGUGUCCCGUCACGAUCUGCUGUUCUGUAAUGAGGAGGAUGAGGAUGCGCUGCAGGAUGAAGAGACUCAUUACAUAGACCAACGUGUGCAGAAGGCGCAGGAGCUCGUCCAGGCAGAGUCGCAGCUGCACGGCCUCAGAAUGGACGGCGUGAAUCAGAAUACAGAACCCGCUUGGCUCCGGCUGUCACGGCAACAGCGCCCGGACCAACAAAAAGAUGCACCCCCCUGCCGUAACUCGAGCCCACCUGCCGUGGUGGAUCUCACCUGCUCAGGAUCGGAUGAGCUGGAGAUGAUGAAUGUGGAUGGAGGGAUGCAGGUGAAGGGCGAGUGUGUGAUCGAUUUAUCUACGCAGUUAACAGAGAACAGUUUUGUUGAACAGGUAUUGAAGAGCGUAAACGAUGGGCAGAGUUUAAUCGUCGAGAAGUCCGAUCGUAUGUACUCUCGCUCGAAUCUGAUCGUACAUGUCUCUCCCUUUGAGCAAUCGGACUCCUCUGUAGCUCUGCUGGGGACGGAGUCGAUACCCAAAGCGUUUUCAGAGGUGGAGUGGGGUUCACCGAAGGCCUGUGUUGAUGCUGACUCUGAUGCCUCUAAAACUCUGAGGGUAGGGUUAGAUUCAUCUGUACCACCAACAGCAGAGUUGGAUUUGUCGAAAUCUAUGGCUGGUGUGGAGUCUGAUUCAGAAGAACUGAUGGGGACAGAGUCUUUCCAAGGGAACUUUAAUCUGCUGCUGGAGGACAGUGCAGAGCUGCUCUCAGAGGAUAAAGCAGAGGAGGUGGAUCAGGAAGUGGUGGAGCUAAGUACAGGGGGUGAAGACUUCCAGCUGCAGAUGGAUGACACUAAAGAGAGGCUUAAUGAGAGUAACUGUGAGGGUGUGGGACAGAAGCCGGUGGUUUCUUCGCCAGCAGACGAGUCGUUCCUCUGGCCCACCAAAAAGAAAAAACUGCGUGUCAUCUAUGAUGAGGAAGAGGGGCAUGAAGAAGAAGAGGUGGAGAAACCUGUUUUGGCUAGCAGUCCUUUAGCUGACAGCUUCAAUGACCUUGGAUGUUCCACACCCAAAUCUAUGCUGAGUAACGGCACCAGAUGCAUGAACAUAUCGAUCGCAUCACGACGCUCCCUGGUAGAGUCACUGCUGCAGGACAUGGAGGAGGAAGGGGAGGAUGAACCAGAGGUGGAGGGCAGCUCUGAAGGGUUAGUGCUUUGGCAAGCAUCUGAAGCCAGUGGAACAUAUGCUGAUGAAUCGGUGUUUGAGGAGGCAGAGCCUAAUGGAGAAACCCUAUAUUCAGAACACAUGAGUGAAUGUGAGGAGGAAGCAGAAGGUGGUGGAGUAAAGGGUUGCACUGAUGAAUCCACUGAUGUUGAACUGGCCUCUAGUGAAGUUUUGGAUCAGUGUGCGCCCUCUGAAGUGCAAAAUCUGAGUCCGAAUAAUGUCAAACAUCCAGAAGAAACGUUUGACUCUCUGGUGCAUUCUGGGAAACGGUGUUUGGCUGAAGGCAGAAAACGGGAAGCACUGGACUUUUUUCUAAAGGCUAUCGACAUCAACACUGGAGACACUGAGAUACAACUGCUCAUCAUCCAACUGUACAGACAGCUGAGUCACUGACAGAUGCACGCACUCAUCCAACUGUGUCGAUAGCGGAGUCAAUCUCGCAUGUGCGUGCACACACGUUGUGGUGGUAUUAUGCUGCUUCCUUGUGUGAGUGAAUGUUACUGGUCAGACACACAUGAGCAGCUGAUUUGAUGUGAGCAUUUUUCAUUCCUGCUUUUUUUUUUUUUUCAACUCUUUGUAAAACGUUUUGAAUAAAAAUGCAUUUUGGAAUUUAAUAAUGUUGUAUUGCAGCUUUGCUCAAGAGUGUGUUUUAGUGUUGGUUAGUGGGGGGGUGUUUUCAGGUAAAAACACUAGAUGGCAUGAGUUACACGGUCAUUUAUGAGAGCUGUUUAGAAAUGGGCCUAGAUUUGAUGAGUGCUGUACGAGGACUGUUUUUUCUUUUUGUACGUCAUAGCAAGCACAGAUCAUGUGUGUGGACACAAGCUCUACCCACAAACCCCUUCUGUACGUUAUAUGGAUAUAACUUGGCCAGCUCUUCUAAUUUACAUUAAACAUGCCUUAAUUAUGCAUAUUUUCAAUAAUGAGCAAAUUGCAGUAAAGAAUUGACUAUAACGAUCUGUGAAAAGUAUAUCGUCCAAAAUGGAGAGAAGAAAAACAAAUUUUAGUGAAGCUCUGAUUGUCUGAUCUUACUGUAAAUGGAAAGAUUUAUGCAUGUGUGCUGUAUUUCAUAAAUCUGUCAUUGGAUUAAAAAAAGUUUAAUGGA